CAAUUUCAAACUAACGACGCCUCCGUCUCGCGCCUCAUUUUUGUUUACAGCAAGCAGCGGCCGCCGCGCCACUUGAAAAUUAGUUAAUUUUUCGCUCCGAAAACGACCGAAAAUCCGAUUUGCAGCACCGUUCUGCACGUGCCGUUUGUUCGUGGUGGAUAAAAACGAAAUCGAUUCGCGUCAAUCGACGCACGAAAUAAGCUGCGCACGCCGCGGACAGAGAAACGACGCCGUCUGGGUAGCAGCUGCCACAGCCACCCUUAACCCCGGGAGCGGAACGCGGAGCGAAAAAUGGAGAACUUCCAGAAGAUCGAAAAGAUUGGCGAAGGUACGUACGGAGUGGUGUACAAGGCUCGCAACAAGACCACCGGUGAGAUUGUGGCGAUGAAGAAGAUCCGGCUGGAAACGGAAGAUGAAGGCAUACCGUCAACGGCCAUCAGAGAGAUUUCGCUGCUGAAGGAACUGACGCACCCGAACGUGGUGCUGCUGCAGGACGUGGUGAUGGAGGAGAACCGACUGUAUCUGAUCUUCGAAUUUUUGUCGAUGGAUCUGAAGAAGUACAUGGACAGUCUACCGGCGGAGAAGAUGAUGGAUCCGGAGCUGGUCAAGAGCUACAUGUACCAGAUAACGGCCGCCAUGUUGUUCUGUCACAAGCGGCGUGUUCUGCAUCGGGAUCUGAAACCCCAGAAUCUGCUGAUCAACAAGGAGGGCGUGAUCAAGGUGGCCGACUUUGGACUUGGCCGCUCAUACGGUAUCCCGGUGCGGCACUACACGCACGAGAUCGUUACACUGUGGUACCGGGCACCGGAGGUACUGCUCGGUUCCCCGCGUUACUCCUGCCCGGUCGAUGUAUGGUCGAUCGGUUGCAUCUUCGCUGAAAUGGCCACACGGAAGCCACUGUUCCAGGGCGAUUCGGAGAUCGAUCAGCUGUUCCGAAUGUUCCGCAUUCUGCGCACACCGACGGAGGAAAUCUGGCCCGGGGUCACGUCGCUACCGGACUACAAAUCCACCUUCCCCUGCUGGACGCAGAACAACCUGGCGAGCCAGGUAUCGAAUCUCGAUUCGGCCGGCAUCGAUCUGCUGCAGAAGUGUCUCAUCUACGAUCCGAUACUACGCAUUUCGGCCAAGAAGAUCCUCGAACACAAGUACUUCGAUGGGUUCGAGCGACUCAACAUUCCGACCGAGUGAUCGCUUCGCUUCAAUCGGUUGCCAUUCCCCACUUCCCAUUCCCUUUCCCGUCUUGUACUGACUUCCGGUCGACUUCGGUUGGAGAUCGCGGCCGUACUAGAAGAUCGCCAUGUCUCGUCCGCUCGGUUGUAAAUAUUCGUUUCUGCGGAGUUGCGCUGUUGCAGGGAACAAGAAGGAAUUGAACACUUGAUUUACGUAUAAAUAUGUUUAACGGAUUAAGGCUAAAGGAUAGCCAAUACGCAUUUGCCACUCUCUCUCUCUUUCUCACACUGUCUCUCUC